UUUAUAUUGAAUUGGAGGCUGCCAUCAAAUUCAAAUGCCAGAUGCAGGCAGGUUCCCCGACUAUAUAAGUUAUAACCUCAUCUCACUUUUCUUCUUCCUGCAACUAUACAGACAGAUAAACCCUAAAACUACGUGAAUAGAAUCUCCAUUUCAGUGAGUAACAGAGACCCACUCGAGGUCCCUCUCAGUCGGUUAGUAUUAAGUGUGAGGGAGAGGAAAGGUGCCAGAAAUGGAGAACCAACAACAAGCUGUUGCUGCUCCCAAGAAGAGAGGCCGCAAACCCAAACCUAAAGACGAUUCCCACCAGCAGACUACCCCCAAGAUGAAGGAGGCUAAGAAACCCUACCACCCUUCUGUCGACGAAAAGUACACUCAAUGGAAGUCUCUCGUUCCCGUCCUCUACGACUGGCUCGCUAACCACAAUCUCGUUUGGCCUUCUCUCUCUUGCCGAUGGGGCCCACAGCUUGAGCAGGCAACUUACAAGAAUCGCCAACGUCUCUACUUAUCUGAACAGACUGAUGGUAGUGUCCCCAAUGCUCUUGUUAUCGCUAAUUGUGAGGUUGUAACUAGGGUUGCAGCUGCUGAACAUAUAUCUCAGUUUAAUGAAGAAGCCAGGUCACCAUUUGUGAAGAAGUACAAGACUAUCAUACAUCCUGGAGAGGUCAACAGGAUCAGGGAACUUCCACAAAACAGUAAGAUUGUUGCCACCCAUACUGACUGUCCUGAGGUUCUUAUUUGGGAUGUGGAAGCUCAACCUAAUCGUCAUGCUGUCCUAGGAGCAACAAAUUCCCGUCCAGAUUUGAUUUUGACUGGUCACCAAGAUAAUGCGGAAUUUGCUCUUGCAAUGUGUCCCACUGAACCCUUUGUCCUCUCUGGAGGGAAGGACAAAUCAGUGGUUCUAUGGAGUAUUCAAGACCAUAUCACAGCAACUGCUGGCGAUGCCAAAUCUCCAGGGUCUGGUGGAUCAAUUAUUAAGCAAACUGGGGAAGGAAAUGAUAAGGUUGCUGAUGGUCCUUCUAUUGGUCCUCGUGGUGUCUAUUUAGGGCAUGAAGAUACAGUUGAAGAUGUUGCAUUUUGUCCAUCAAGUGCACAGGAGUUUUGUAGUGUAGGUGAUGAUUCCUGUCUCAUAUUAUGGGAUGCCCGAGUUGGCACUAGCCCUGCUAUUAAGGUUGAAAAGGCACAUAAUGCUGAUCUUCACUGUGUUGAUUGGAAUCCCCAUGAUGACAAUCUUAUUUUAACAGGCUCAGCUGAUAAUUCUGUCCGUAUGUUUGAUCGACGGAAUCUCACUUCUAAUGGUGUUGGAUCGCCUGUAUAUAAGUUUGAGGGUCACAAAGCUGCUGUUCUUUGUGUUCAGUGGUCGCCAGAUAGGUCAUCGGUAUUUGGAAGUUCUGCUGAGGAUGGUCUCUUGAACAUUUGGGAUUAUGAGAAGGUUGUUAAAAAGGUGGAGCGUCCAGCGAGAGCUCCAAGUACUCCCCCUGGCUUGUUUUUUCAGCAUGCUGGGCAUAGAGAUAAAGUUGUUGAUUUCCACUGGAAUGCAUCUGAUCCGUGGACUAUUGUUAGUGUGUCUGAUGACUGUGAUACUACUGGUGGGGGUGGAACAUUACAGAUCUGGCGGAUGAGUGAUCUGAUAUACAGACCUGAGGAAGAUGUUUUGGCAGAGCUCGAGAAAUUCAAGUCACAUGUGGUUGCAUGUGCUUCAAAACCCUGAACUAUAUAAGAAGAUGAAAGAGGUGAGUGGUGUGUAAUGAAUUUAGGUACUUUUAUCAUGUGGGUGAAUUAUAUUUAGAUUUUAAAGAGGUUGGAGAAAUGGUGAUGAAUUAUCCAUGUGUAAUUUGGAGACAACAAAGAAUUUGUAGUCAAUUUGUUGUAACCGCUGAGAUUUGGCUUGGCCACUUAAACCAUUUAGGUAGCUCUGCAACAGGUUUUGAUAUUGGAAAUAUGUUCUUCGGCCUCUGAUGGCUUCUUUUUCUAAAUCUCUUUCUUUUGGGCU